CGGGGGAAGAGGAACUCGGGGGCGGCACAUCCCGCGACUUGCACCAUUUGACGCGUCUCAAAACAUCCCAUCCUCGCAAAGAAUAUCGUACCAGAUGAAUCCAGCUGUCUUCGUGCAUUAGAAAAACCUCGUUUAUGCUCGGAGGCUGUCUAGCUAAGAAUAAUCUUGUCAAUUGGAAUUGUUCCUCUCGGCGUUCAGGCAGCUUAAACGCCGGCUAUGACGUCGUGAAUGAUGACGUUGCUCUCUGUCAUCGCCGAAGGCAAACACGGGGUAAACUGCUUGAGCCACGAGAGCCUACCCAAGAUUAUAAAGCCGUUGAGCCCGGAAAAUAUGUGCACUUUUUGUUCAAUACUGUAACUAUAAGCACCAACUAUCACAACCAGAAUCAGUCGAACCUCUCAUUUCGUCUCUACCAAUCAACAAAAUCCACAGCCGUAGCUAAGAUGUAUCUACCCAAUGCACAAAGCAUCCUCACGGCCGGCCUGGCUAUGACCGGAAUGGUCAAAGACACAUCCACAGUAGCCAAGGGCAAGGUCCUGGACUACGCGGUCGAGAAGUGCGUGGACAGCGAGGGAAACGCUCGGUGUAGCAAGCCGUUCCUGGUGGCCAGGUCGACGUGCUACCAGAUCGAGUGGAGCACCGAGGGCACGCUGACGCACACGACGGCCGAGGUGCGCGACGCCGGCUCCGGCGAGCUCGUCUACUACCGCGACACCAACGGCGAGUGGACUCCCGAAAAGGGCGAGCUCGUCUACCUCGACUUCAAGCCCAAGGUCGUCGCCACGGGGAACCAGACCGUCGAGUAUAAGGUCAAGACUUGUGAGUGAUGGGGGAGUAACCCGGCAAUAACACAAGAAACAUUUUGGAAAUCGGUUGGAGCCAGUUUGGCUUUUGUCCAAAGUUGUACACGGACAACGGCAUUGUCGCAGGGAAUGUAAUUAUUAACAAAGAAAUCGGGCAUUAGCCAACACUGGGACGGCAUACUGCAUCAAAGAUGUCGAAGAAUAACAAAACAAGAUCAAUGUGCCACUAUAUAUAUACCCCCUAU